GUGUCCUCCAUCUUCGCCUUCAGUUUUGCUGGUUUUUUUAUUCCUGGUUAUGAAUGUUACUUUUACAGUUCAAGGGUUUUCUCUGCUGCAAACUGGCAAGCUCAACAUGUCGCAGACUUUUCAAGAUUGGAGCUGUAGCAGUGGAUGUUCACCCCCUCUAAAUUGUCGACUGGCUAUUUGUACCAACGUUGCAUUUCCUCAAGCGUUUAGUGGAUCUGGCAAGGUAUACGUGCACGUGUCAAUAGGCCACGGUGAAGAGUUUUCACGCGUCCACCCGCCUUCUGCUGUGUGGGUUCAGUCCAGUAGUACACGUGGAUUUGAGGUCUGUUCACGUGAAGCAGGGACUAGAUCAAAUAAAACUGGAAUUAUCAACUAGCUGGCCUAUCAAAAUCAUCCAAAAAUGAUGCAUGGCAGUGUGACUUUUCAAGGACCGUGGACUACAGAAAGCAAAUGUGACAAAGUUACAUUCCCACAGAGCUUUGUUGGAAGACCUUCUGUGUUUGUCUCAGCUAAGUACGCUCGCAGUACUAAGCCUGAUGACGCAAUGUAUGUUUGGUUGGAGAACGUGAAUUCUGGAAAUUUUGAAGUUUGCAUCCGGGAAUUCUUGCCGUUUGACGGAAAACAUCAAGACACAAUUGUGGAUUGGUUUGCUUUCUUUGGCAAUGGUUCUGAAUUUAAUUUUACGUUGGUAGGAGAAGCAUUUUUCCCCAACACAGGAAACCCAACAACUGACGAUAACUAUGGCUUUUGUCAACAAGUGCAGUUCAACACCACCUUUUAUGCGUCACCAGUUGUACUCGUGUCUGUUCAUCAUGAUUACGAUCGUAAAGUGAAAAACCACAUUCCACCAGAAUACAACAUAAUAACGGCCUGGGUCAAGGAAGUUGGUCUGACAGCAGUGAGGAUUUGUGUCAAAGACUUGAGUGGAUCAGGAAGUAAACACGACCCUCUGUCUGUCAACUAUGUUGUCGUUGGAGGUUUGUUUUAUGUACUAUUUAUAAUUUUACUCUGGAUAAAACUUAAUCGCAUCAUUAGACACUCGGUCGCCCUGAAGGAGAUAAUUAAAGAAAGUUGCAAUCGUUUACCAAUUCACAAUGAAUUCUUUCAGUUUGUAUGUACAGAAACAAAUGCUUAG